AUGCCGUCUGCAGUGCGAAUGAACGAGAGCCAAAGAGCAGUGCCCAAUUUCGUCAAGCCCGGAAAACCGGCUGUCUGCUGGAAAUCUCAAGGCAUUGAUGUGUUAGAUGCAAAGGAGGUGAUAGCCCAAGCAUUCUUGCUCAAAGCUGUGGAUACGUUAAGCUUAAUUUCCAUCUCAUCUUAUAACUAG